AUUUGAAACCGUUAAAAUGACAAGUGUAAAGACAACAAUUUUGAUGGCAGCAAAUUUAAUUUUUGUGUGACAUACUUUUUGGUGGCAAGUAAUACAUAAUGUACCGUAGAAUUAUAUGAAACACUGGAUUGUUCAGACACACCAAUUCUGUUCGCGUUCUCUCAAGCGUUCCAUUAAAAGCAACGCGAGCAGUAUGUGCGUAUGCGCUGAGCACUUCCAAACAAACACAAAAAAAAAACAUUUAAGGCCUGGAGCACGUUCUCCCCGCAAUAUUUAUGUUGUAUAGAGCCCAUUUUCGCGUUGCGACCGCGUAAAAGACGCAGUCGAGAUCAGAUAAGGCUCAACAAGUAAAGAUGAAAUUUUUGAGCGAAUGACAAAAAGGCGGGAAUUAGUCAACGUACAGGUAAAAAUGUACACACGAUUUUCUGUACAAUUAUUCAUACAUAUUCGUGUGUGUGUGUGUAUGUAUACGAGAGGAAAAAAAUUCAAAUCACUUAUCAGCGCAAUCUUCAAUGUGAUCUUCAUUGAGGUGGCGGCUGCGGCUUAACGAACGAAAGCGCUAUUUUUGCGCUCCAUUUAUUUCUGUACCUUCGCAAGCGAAAAGUGCGCGCGCGCGCGCGUACAAAUUUUUGAGUGCCGUUGCAAAUUAGAAUCAAAAACGUAAAUUAACCUUAGAACACGCUGUGUGGCAAAUAGCAAUCAAGGCAGCGCCGACAGCGGCAGCAGCAGCAGCAGGUGGGGCAGACUGUGCGUGCGCAUUUAUGUUUCUACGUUGUUUAUGUACGUAAAUGUAAGCGCGCAUAAGAGCGGUUUCAAAGCAUUCUCACCAGAUGCCGGUUGUGAUUACGCUCGCCGCCAAAGAGUCAGCAGGACAGUCAGUCCACCGCCCAGCAGAUCGGUCGGCCUACUCGCUGAGCAGCUUGGGGCGCGCGCGCGCGCGCUGAUGAAGCGUCUCAAAUUUUUGACAACUUUAUUUACAUAGAUGCGCGCAGAUGUGUACAUUUAUACUGGCAUAUAUCUACAUAUCUACAUACAUAUGUAUGUAUGUACGCCUGCCUGUCAGCAGCUAAGUACUAUAAAAGCGUGCGCAUAGCCAGUAUUUACAUUAAACUGCUUCUGAGUAACAAAACAGACGCACAUACUCCCACCGCGCGCACCAAUAAACACAAUCACACACACACGCUCGCACGAAUUGCAACUUACCGCUAAAAGUUGUGAAAAGCUUUUGUGGCUUUUUUCUCUGAAAAGGAUUAAUUUGUCAAGCGUACGCAAAAAAAAAAUGUGUCGCACAAUAUUUGCAUUUAUCACUUUCUGUUGCUUGGCUUUGACUUGCACGCAAGCGGCUGUUAAUAGCAAUUCACCGCGUCCAAACAAUCAAUACGCCGCCAGCUCACAGCAAAGCGAUGCAUCUGCUUCGGCAUAUUUUACAAAUAACCAAAAUCAAUAUUUGCAUAAUAAUCAUAUUGGUAGUGGCAGUCUACAACAGCAGUGGCAGCAGCAGCAACAACAACAACAGCGACCCCAACAGGAGCCAGUAACAGAAAAGAAUGUUUUGGAUCGUUUCGACCAUCGCUUCCCGGAUGGCAGCUACGAGUUCAGAUACGAAUUGGCUGAUGGUACUGCGCGCUAUGAACGUGGCUACUUUCUUGUCUAUGACAAAGUUAAAACGCUGGUUGUGGUUGGCUAUUACUCCUACCGUCAGACCGAUGGACGUUACAUCACUGUCUUCUACAAUGCCGAUCAAAAUGGUUACAGACAAAAUCAAU